GUUCCGUCUUGAGGGCCCGAGCGCGGCCGUCAGGUGAGGUGGAGGAGGUGACGGAAGAGUUCUGGACGCAAAGCCGGAGCCGGGCGGCACUUAGCAGCAGCAAUAGCAGGCGGCGGCGGAGGAGGCCAUGGCGGCAGCAGCAGGAGCCUACGAGAACCUGAAGCUGCACAUAACGCCAGAAAAGUUUUACGUGGAAGCUUGCGAUGAUGGAGCAGAUGAUGUACUUGCCAUUGAUAGAGUCUCUACGGAGGUCACUCUUACAGUUAAGAAAGAUGUUCCGCCUUCAGCAGUUACAAGGCAAAUAUAUGGUAUUUUGGGAACAAUUCGUCUAGUGGCAGGCACAUACCUUAUUGUAAUAACAAAAAAGAGAAAAGUAGGCGAAUUUUUCAAUCAUGUAGUCUGGAAAGCAACUGACUUUGACAUCCUCUCUUACAAAAAGACAAUGCUACAUUUAACUGAUAUUCAGUUACAGGACAAUAAGGUCUUUUUAGCAAUGAUUAGUCAUGUAUUGAGCGUGGAUGGAUUUUAUUUUUCUACAACGUAUGAUUUAACGCAUACCUUACAACGAUUGGCUAAUACCAGUCCGGAGUUUCAAGAAAUGAGCUUGCUAGAGAGGGCAGAUCCACGGUUUGUAUGGAACGGGCAUCUUCUUAGAGAAUUCGCUGCUCAGCCUGAGAUCCAUAGAUUUGCUACUCCAGUUAUGCAUGGAUUUAUUAACAUGCACUCUUGUUCCAUUAAUGGAAAAUAUUUUGACUGGAUUCUUAUUUCCCGAAGAAGCUGUUUCAGGGCUGGUGUGCGCUACUAUGUCAGAGGUAUUGAUUCCGAAGGGCACGCAGCUAAUUUUGUAGAAACGGAACAAAUUGUACAUUACAAUGGGAGCAAAGCUUCUUUUGUCCAGACACGUGGAUCAAUUCCUUUUUUCUGGUCACAGAGACCAAACCUCAAAUAUAAACCCCGGCCACAGAUCAGCAAAACAGUAAAUCAUAUGGAUGGCUUCCAAAGACACUUUGAUUCUCAGAUUAUUAGCUAUGGAAAACAAAUGAUUGUUAAUCUGGUUAACCAGAAGGGCUCAGAAUUGCCUCUUGAGCAAACAUUUUCAAAAAUGGUAAACAGCUUGGGAAAUGGAAUGGUCAGAUAUAUAGCUUUUGAUUUCCAUAAAGAAUGCAGUCAUAUGAGGUGGGAUCGGCUCCAGAUUUUACUAGAUCAACUUGCUGAACAACAAGAUGAAUUUGGCUAUUUCCUCGUUGAUUCUGAUGGAAAGGUGGUGAUGCAGCAAGAAGGAAUAUUCCGUAGUAACUGUAUGGAUUGCCUGGACCGAACGAACGUGAUUCAGAGCCUUUUAGCACGCCGCUCUCUCCAAGCACAGCUGCAGAGAUUAGGUGUUUUGCAUGUUGGCCAGAGACUUGAAGAGCAAGCAGAAUUUGAGAAACUUUAUAAAAAUGCAUGGGCCGAUAACGCAAAUGCUUGUGCCAAACAGUAUGCCGGAACGGGUGCCUUAAAGACAGACUACACAAGAACUGGAAAGAGAACUCAAUGGGGCCUACUAAUGGAUGGGUGGAACUCCCUAAUUCGUUACUACAAAAACAACUUUUCUGAUGGAUUCAGACAGGAUGCUAUAGAUCUGUUUCUUGGAAACUAUUCAGUGGAUGAAGUAGAUUCUCUUAGUUCUCUUCAUGUACAGAAAGACUGGAAAUUUUUGGCUUUGCCUAUUAUUAUGGUGGUUGCUUUCUCAAUGUGCAUUAUCUGUUUGCUUAUGGCUGGUGACACAUGGACAGAGACCCUGGCCUACGUGGUGUUCUGGGGAAGUGCAAGCUUUGGAACUCUUGCUAUCAUCCUUUACAAUGGCAAAGAUUUUGUAGAUGCCCCCAGACUGGUCCAGAAGGAGAAGAUGGACUGAAUUUGUGUGUGUGGAAAGCGGCUUGGUAGGGAUGGCUCCUCAAGCCACACCUGGAGUCUCUACUGACCUGCUUUCCACACCAGCUUGUGGUCUUUUUUAGCUUUCAUCUUUGCAGGGUGAAAAAGUGGAUCCAGCUUAUUACUUGGUGGAGGGAAUUGACUCUUUUGGUUCUAUAGUCACAAUGAUCUUAGGAGUAUUGCAUUUGCUGGAGAGCUUGCACAGCUAGUCUUGGGGAGAUUAAGAGACAAAAACAAAAUAACACUGUGGCUCUAUAGAGUGUUAACUGGAUUCAGGUUUGCCAAGCUUUACAGCUCAGCAGCAUAAUAAUGUAAAAAAUUUGAUAUAGCUCAGCUUUUUAAAGAAGUCGCUGUUCUUCUGAUGUAUCAAGAGAUCUAGCCGCUGGUGGGUUAUAUUAAGGUAGGUCUAAGCUACAUUAUCUGAUACUAGUCAAAGCCUUGAUAGUUAACAAUAACAAAUAUUGCUGCUGAACUAAACUUCUAGUUGAGUGCCCUUGUAGUCAAGAGAAGAGUUAAAGUUUGCAAGUCCAGAGUUGUAUGUUUUUGUCCCCCCUAUACCCUGCAAAUGCAUUUGCAUUUUUCUAAAUGGAGAGAAAGAGUGAUUUCCCCCCUCCCCCAUCAAAAGGCAAGUCUCUCCUGCCAGUUUUGAGAUAAUAGUGAUGCAAUAUUCUGUUAAAUCAUUGUUCAGAGGAUGAGGUGUACAAUUUACUUGGUUUGGAACAUGUCUUGUGCUGCUUUAAUGAAUACAGUCCUUAAACUUAGAUGAAACAUUGCAGUGUGAUUCAAAUUGUUUUGUCUUUUUAAAGAUGUAAAUGGAAUCAAAGAAUGUAAAACUGCUUAUAUGAACCCUCUCAUGCUAAAGGUCCAAAGUGUUUGUUUCUUUCUGAAGAGUCUCAAAUGUAGAAGGUAUUUCUUAAUUUGGCAAACCAACUGCUACUUACGCUGCCUUGGUUUUAGUCGGGAUCACCUGUGGAAGAGAGAAUACACAUUUGAUGCAUUUUCUUGGGCUAAAUCCCAUGUUUGCACUUGGGAUUAGCAUUAGCUUGCUUUUUGUGCAUGCCGUCAUUAUAUUUCUCUAAAAUUGUAACUUUCUCUGAAAACGACUAAGCUAUAAGAAUACCCUUGCGCUGGUUAUCAAUAAAUGUGUGUCUCAACUUUAGUGCUUCCAGGCUUUAUAUUAAAACUAGAUCUAAAUCAAGGACCAAUUUUAAAAUACUUUUGUCAUCUGUUUUCUAAUUACUUGAAUUGGCUUCAGGUGCUGUGCAUUAUUAUAUUCUUGUAAUUACAGCUGUAUAUUCAAGUUUGCAAUUAUGAAUAUAAAUAUUAGAAGAACGUGUAGAUAGCCAGGGUUAAUACAGUUUCACUCCAAGCUAAAAUAUGACUCACUGCUGCAGUGUUUUCAUUGUAUGACAAUUGAACAUACUGUACAAUCUUUGCAAAUGUCAACUGCUUGUCUUAAUCUUUGAAGGUUUGAGGGCCUCUUUGGUUUUGUUUAAAUAUUAUCUACUAAGUCACCUGUAAUACAUGCAGUUCCUGUUUGCUUUUUAGCUGAUGCAGUAGAAAGAAUGGUUAGUGGAGUUCAAAAACUAAAAUCCAAGUUGUCCACUCAAAUUUGUGGACAAUAUAGGCAGGUAAUGCAUUUAAUGUAUGGUUCCAUUGUCAGAUGGUGUCUUUUUUUAAUGACUCCUACUUGAUCCUUAUAAUGUAUUUCCCAUUUAAAACUGGUUGCAAUAUAAUGUAUUUCUCAUUAAAAACUGGUUGCAAUGAAGAAGAGAACUGGGCUGCUAGCAUUGCUAGAAUAGAGCUACAUAUCUAGAGGCUUGAUGGUUAGAACGAUGUCUGUAUUCCAAUGCUUUGCAAAGAGGUUGCAUUUCUAAGUCCACCUACAAAGUACUCAAACGAUAAUAAAACUUCAAUCUUUUCUACAUACUGA